GCCCGCGGAGCCCGAGUCUCGGUGGCCGUGCAGCCGGGAGGCGGCGGCGGCGGCGGCGACAUGGCCCUGGGCUCGGAGGACGCCGUGUGUCACAGCUCCAACUCCACCUACACACCCGUGAGCGGCUCGCUGGGAGCUGACCCAGAGGCGCUGCCCGGAUUGGACUGCCCAGGCCCCGGGCUGCCGAGGCCCGAGGACCGCUUUAACGGCGCCUACGUCAUCUUCUUCUGCCUGGGCAUCGGCAGUCUGCUGCCAUGGAACUUCUUUGUCACUGCCAAGGAGUACUGGGCCUUCAAGUUGCGCAACUGCUCCAGCCCAGCCACAGGGAACAGCCCCGAGGACACCGACAUCAUGAACUACUUUGAGAGCUACCUGGCCGUGGCCUCCACUGUGCCCGCCUUGCUGUGCCUGGUGGUCAACUUCCUGCUUGUCAACAGGAUUCCCGUCCGUGUCCGUGUCCUGGCCUCCCUGACUGUCACGCUGGCCAUCUUCGUGGUGAUGACCGUGCUGGUGAAGGUGGACACCUCCUCCUGGCGCCACGGCUUUUUCGCUGUCACCAUUGUCUGCAUGGUGAUCGUCAGUGGUUCCUCCACCAUCUUCAGCAGCAGCGUCUACGGCCUGACCGGCGCCUUCCCCAUGAGGAACGCCCAGGCACUGAUAUCAGGAGGAGCCAUGGGAGGGACCAUUAGCGCCGUGGCCUCGCUGGUGGACCUGGCGGCGUCCAGAGACGUGACGGACAGCACCCUGGCCUUCUUCCUGACRGCGGCCGCCUUCCUGGGACUGUGCCUGGGGCUCUACUUGCUGCUGCCCAGGCUGGAGUACUCCAGGUACUAUAUGAGGCCCAUUUGUCCAGCCCGCGUGUUCUCUGGUGAAGAGGCCGCACCACAGGACACCUACAGCACCCCCCUGGUGGCCCCGGGAUCCGGUGGGUCGCACAUGCCGCCCCUCCGCCCCAUCCUGAAGAAGACCGGUGGCCUGGGCUUCUGUGUGCUCUACCUGUUCCUCAUCACCAGCCUCAUCUUCCCCGCCGUCUGCACCAACAUUGAGUCCCUCCACAAGGACUCCGGCUCCCCGUGGACCACCACGUUCUUCGUGCCCCUCACCACCUUCCUCCUGUACAACUUUGCUGACCUGUGUGGCCGGCAGAUCACUGCCUGGGUCCAGGUGCCAGGCCCCAAGAGCAAGGUGCUGCCCGGCCUGGUCCUGCUGCGCUCCUGCCUCGUGCCCCUCUUCGUGUUCUGCAACUACCAGCCCCGCGUCCGCCUGGCCACUGUGGUCUUCCGGUCCGACGUCUACCCCGUGCUCUUCACCUGCCUGCUGGGGCUGAGCAACGGCUACCUCAGCACCCUGGCCCUCAUCUAUGGGCCCAAGAUCGUGCCCCGGGAGCUGGCCGAGGCCACAGGAGUGGUGAUGUCCUUCUACAUGUCCAUCGGCCUGGUGCUGGGCUCCGCCUGCUCGGCCCUGCUGGUGCACCUCAUCUAGGGCGGGCGCGAGGACGUCAGGGCUACCUGAGGCUCGGGGCCCAGCGAUGGGCGAGAGGGCCGGCGCUGCCAAGGCGCGGAGGACGGGGCCGGCAUCCGGCUUGGCGCAGARCAGAGCCAUCGGCCUCUCCCAGGAUGCUGGCCAGCCGUCCAUGCCCCCCGGACCACGCAAGGAGAAACGCUCCAGACCCYGCAGCAGGACACUCUGAGACGUUGGAAGAGGACACUUGUAAAGAGGGCCUCUCACCGCCUUAGCUGAUGGGUCACUCACGGUCAGCUGUGAGCUGUCACCAGGCCACAGCAAGAUGGGCGGGAUCCUCGGCCCUCCCUACUCAGCAGAGGCACUCCGGGGUGGCUGUCUGCAGGCACAGGACCCAAGCCUGCACUGCCCCUGCCUUUUGUCAGGAGAGAACAGAACCUAGACCCAGAGCCCAGAAGACCCCCGCCGAGCCCUCCUUCCCCGGACUGGGCUCAGCGCGCCCCUGUGCCCGGGACCCAGCAGGUCGGCCUGGGUUCUCCAACAGGGGGGACUGGCCUGGGGGGCCACAGCCUGG